UGUGUAUUGUUGGUUGUUCAGACAUGUAUUUAAAACGGAUGGCUUUUGAUCAGGUCUCAUAAAACACAUUUUUAAAAGCAAAUGUAAACAGGGUUACUUGCUCAAUUUAUUAUAUGUCUAUUUGGACAAUGUUAGCACUCGCUAGCCAAGCUAAGUUCAUGCCAUGAAGCUAAAAUUAGUUGAUAACAGCUGUCGCCAACCUGUCAUGUUAUGGACGAAACUGACUAGCUGUUAGCCAAUCAGAGUCAAGCAGCUUAGCUUGUUGAAUAUUGAUAUAAAUACCAAGAGAAGACAAGGAGAGGAAGUGUAGGUUUCUGAUUUGGUUAACCACAACUGUGUAGCAACCGCUAGUCCACUACCGAGACCCCAUAUCCUGAAAAAAAGUGUUAUUGCCUAAAAUUAUCUCUCUCUCUCUUAACCCUUAGUUGAUCCGGGAUAUCUGACCCUGCAAUUAAUUGACAUCUGUAACUAAAGUGUACUAAAGCGUCAUCCAAAUAAAGAUAAACAAGAAGGCUUCUAAGGGGUGGGCCAUAAACGUCACAAACAGAAUUCUUGGCACCUUUUAUUCAGAGUGGCCCAAAUCUGUUGUCAUGGGAGACACACACACACACACACACACAUACACACACACACACACACACACACACACACACACACAAAUAUGCCCACACAUGUGGCAUCUUCUAAUUUAGAUAAGGGUGUUACUCUUGGUAGCUCUAAAAAAGAGGAAGAAUAAAAAUUGUGCAACGGUGUUCCUUUUGUGGAAACAAAACUCAUGCACGUGCACAUACACACACACACACACACACACACGCACACGCGCACACACACGCACACAAACACACACACGCACGCACGCACGCACGCACACACACACACACACACACACACACACACACACACACUUAACUACAAACUACAAGGGUAAAAGAGAUAAAGGGAGUGGGAGAAGGAGAGAGGACCAUUAGCACUACUGACCGUUGACCAGAAUGGACAUAUCCGUCAGAAUGCUAAAUCUCUUGGCUCUAGUCGUUUGCCUUUAUGUCGGAGCGUCCUCCUCCACCAACGCAGUGGGCUACUGCGGAGGCAUCGUGAGCAUCAGGUGCGAGUACGAGUCCAGGUACGGCAGCCGGCCCAAGUACUUCUGCCGGGGAGAGCAGGGCGACUGCACCGAGCUGAUACGCACCAGCACGAAGAACAAGUGGUUCACCAAGGGCCGGUACUCGUUGCUCGACGACGGGACGCAUUACUUCGUCGUGAGCAUCUCUGGGCUGGCGGUGACGGACACGGGAAGGUACCAGUGUGGGGUGAGCGUGCGAGGAGAGGAGGCUCCGGUGCAGUCAGAGGUCAACCUGGAGGUCAAGGAUGACCUCUUCACCUGCGGGAGGACCCUGAUGAAGACGGCGUACACGGGGGACACCGUGAACGUCACCUGCCGAUACCUGGACGCCCACCUGCAUGCCGCCAAGUACCUGUGCAAAGCCUUCCGGAACCAGGGCUGCGACUCCCGGGUGUCGGCGCGCGAGGACCGCACCUGGGUCCGGGGGGGGCGGAUCUCCGUGUACGACGACCGGAAGGCGCGGGUCUUCACCGCCGUGCUGGGAGCGCUCGGAACGCUGGAUCGCGGGAACUACUGGUGUGCUGUGGAGACGGGCUGGGAGCAUGGAGGAGAGGACGGAGGAGAGGACGGAUACAAGGCCCUCAUCCAGAGAGUCCAGCUCACCGUGUCUGAUACACGGCCCACAUCUGUAAUAACCCCACAGCCAACCACACCACUACAUACCACUGGGACCAGAGGGCUCACGACAAACCCAGUAAAACUCCUCACCACAAGUACAAAUCCAUCUGCCAUUGAGGCUGAAGAUACACGGCCCACAUCUGUAAUAACCCCACAGCCAACAACACCACUAGAUACCACUGAGACCACAGGAAGGUCAUCUCCACCACCUCAGCUACCACAUGACAGAGUACGAAGUUCAUUCAUGCCAGACCAGGUUUGGUUCUCCACUCCUGUCCCCAUCAUAGAGAGUUCCUCGGGCCUGUGGCGUAUAAUAAUCUAUGGAAUUGCGGCGUUGUUUGUCCUGGUUAUCCUGUCAUCAUUACUUCUACUUGUCAUCACUCGUUCAAAGAGGGCCAAAGCAGCAGAUGUGCCUCCCUAUCUUGUGUCCAUGGAUGCGCUCUGGGAAUCCCCUCUGAUGGCCAACGAUCUGGAAUACCACACGAGUCCUUUAGAAUCAGAUCCACCUGAGCCGACUCCCACUGAAACCAAUUCAUUUCAACCAACUGCAAAUGAGCCAGAUCCUUCUCAACCGACUCCCUCUGAAACGAAUCCGCCGGAGUCAAAUCCAUUUCAACCAAGUCCACCAGUAUCAAAAUCUUCUGAACUGACUCCAAAUGAACCAAAUCCAUCUGACGCCAAAUCUGCUGAUUAGGAACUGCGUAUCCAUUGACCUCUGAAGAUAACAACUCCAACGAUACCAAAUCUAUCUGAACCAACUCCAACUGAAUCAUAAAUCAUCCCAUUUGACAAGAGCCAAAAAUGUAUCUGCACAGAAUGACAUGUCUAUCUCUGGUCAAACUUCAGCAUCAUGAGCAAAGCUGCCAUUUAACCUACAGGCAGUUGUAAAUUAGUAGUAGAAUUAGCGUUGUAUUUUUUGCCUGUCUGUAUGUCACCAAAACAUCAUCCAUCCAGAUGUCACUGUAACCAUAGCAACCCUUCCAUAAAUGCCAUGCCACAACUGCAGUGCGUUGGGAGAGAGAAAGGAAGAACACAUAGGCUACUACUGGCCAAUCCUCUCCAAAUGUUUAGAAUUGGACUCUGGGCGUUUGGGAACAGCUGAGGGAGGAGGCUACUUGAAACUGAGAGUUUCAGUCGGUGUGAGCGAGCGGACUUUCAGUUGACAGUAAUUAACACCCUUUUGAACAAUCUAAGCUGUGCUAACGUCAGAGGGCAGUCUACGCUGAUUCAUCAUUAGCGUGACACGAGGACAGCUGCAUGCAAUUCCUGUCAGCAUAACAAUAGAGGCUGUUGCUGAAGCGUCAGCAGAAGCGUCAGCCCUCGUUUCAGCCGUCCUCGUGUAAGACGGACGCGGUCAAGACGAGCAAGUUUACCUGUGCAAGUUCACCGAGCACAGGCGCCGACAAAGGCAAAAAAUGUGCCAUUCCACCAUAUCUGUUAUCACCGGCCAUCACAGAAAACGGCAUCAUGCCAAAAGGAGCAGAAAUCUGCUUAACCUCCAGCAACUUAAACGGUCCUCACCUACAGAAAAUCUCCUUCUCCAUGGGCUUGUGGAACUGCCAAUCUGCAGUCAACAACAACAAGUCAACGGACUUCAUAGCUGGCUAUGCCAACCACCUUUCGUUGGAACUCCUUGCUCUCACUGAGACUUGGAUCAAACCAGAGAACACUGCCACUCCGGCUGCACUCUCCACUAACCUUACACUAUCCCACACCCCUCACCCAUUUGGACGAGGAGGUGGGACAGGCCUGCUAAUCUCCAACAAAUGGAAAUUCACACCGCUACUUCUCAGAUCAUGUUGCCUCAGUCGCCUGGUCAUGCCGUUUUGCAACAUACGGAAAAUCAGGACUUACUUGACU